AUGCUACCUGGUCAGCGCACGGCCGGGAAGUCCAAGAAACCGUCAGGGCGAACGGUGGUACUGGAGAUGCCAAAGGAGGAGGGCCCACCCCAAACGCCAGAUGGCGAAGCCAAUGGCAACGAAAGGCCGUCGAUGUCUCUAGUUUCAACACCAUCACCAACGUUUCAUCGAGAAGUCUCCGUCAGCAGGGACGACGCUUCCUGGAGCUUCGAGCGGAUUGAGCGGCGUCCCCGUAGUGCGGCUCGAAGGAAGGGCGGCGCUCGUGCCAAGAAUCCCUUCAUCGAGUACGACGUGCGCGAGAAGAGGCUGAAUCAGGAACGCAAAUGGCUACAGGAAGACUCUCGUUUUCUUGAGCAGCGAAGAGAAGAACUUCGAUUGGGUGCCCUUUUGAACCAGCUUAACCUUCAGAAUGAUCCAGACGAUCAGCUCUAUGAGAAUCGCACGUUCUACGGCCCGCAUUCUAUGGCAAUGAAGGCUACCAAGGCGAGGCGAAAUCACAGGGGGCGGCCGCGCACGAACUCGGCGCCAAUCCCCGAACGGCCUCCCAAGGAGGCUGUCGGCGGCCGUAAGUUCCCGAAGGCAGCAUGCAAAGGCGGUGAAAUCAUCCAGAGCUCUCGCAUACCACAUGGUCAGGAGCGCGCCACCGCUGCUCUGAAGUCAUUGUCGCAGGCUGCGAGUAUGCGAGUUGAAGACUUGACACUGCUCGGAAAGUCCAGACUGCAGGGAACGGCUAUUUCCCCGAGCCUUUGCGCAGCACAUCUCAACCCAUCAGCAGUUGCUACGGACGAAUGUCAUAUCGAAGGAAACUGA